UUUCCCCUUGCUGCUCUGCCUCUCCCUCUCGAUUUCCACCGCCGCGGCGACGGCCGCGGCCAACGCACCCACCAUCUACGACUACCUCAACAAGAACGGCCUCCCGAUCGGGCUCUUCCCCGAGGGGAUAACGAACUUCUCCGUCGACUCAGCCACGGGGCAGUUCUAGAUAAACCACACCCAACCUUGCAACGUCAAGCUGGAGAACCAGCUCCAUUACGAUUUCAACAUCUCCGGCCUCCUGUCCCCGGGCAAGAUCCAGGAGCUCUUCCUCUGGUUCCCCGUGAAAGGGAUCCGCGUCGACGACCCCAAAAUGGUUUGAUUCACUUCGAUGUCGGGGUGGUGGAUAAGCAGUUCACUUUCUCUAUGUUCGAGAUCCCCGGCCAAUGCAUCGAUGGGGGCGAGCAAUCUUCUCAAUCCUCCGAUUCCUACUUGUUUCAGGUUCGCCCUCAAUGA